AUGCUGCCAAAAAAGGCAAAACGUCGAAAACGCGACCAGCACACGGAGCGAUCCGAGGAAGUUAUCGCCAGCAAUAACGCCGAUGCUACUCCGCCUUUUCCGAAAAUAUUGUAUUUGGAUGAGGAGGGAGUGCAGGCUUGGGCCAAAGGGCAGUCGGAGCAAAAUAUUGAAGCCCUUUGUUGUAUCCUCAAUAGCUUAUGUGAUCUCCUCAGCUACCGAUGCAAUGAAUCCAUGAGACGGAGUAUUCUUUUGGAAUUCUUGAAAUGCAUGUCGUUACAUGGUGUUACCUUCCACUAUAUUCUCGAUUCACGUGCUAGCAUGUUUCUGGCCAGAGAAGAGUACAACGGGAAAUAUCCAGCUACAAAUGAUAUCAACCAAUUUUUCCAUAGCUUAUCUGCUCUUGAAUACGGUCUUCGCGCAGCUAUCUGGUCAUUUCACAACGUUCAAAUGGGCAUUCUAGCUCUCCACUCAUCAUCACCUUUGUAA